UUUGAAUCUCGACAUUUUAACAUCUCAUGGAAGCUAGCCGCAAGGGAAAUGUAUCCUGCUUGUGCUUUAUCGGAGUCAACAGUCAACAACCGAUAAAAUCUAGUCCCACCUUAUAUUCGUCUGUGGAGUUACGCACGUCAUGCCACAAUUACCUCGUCCUUCGUUCUCUACCGCUCCCUCUGGCAGUGAUGACGCCGCGUCAUAUGCAAACAUGUCAAGCGAUAGUAGCUAUGCGUACUGUGACGCUCCCCCAAACGAGAGCGAUGUGCAGGGAGCUCCUUUCCAGGGAUGCGCUCAUCGUACUGCUGAUCCUAGAGGGAACAGCACAACAACCGGUCCGUUAUCGCUAACAGAUGCGCUUUCUCUCCUGGGUUUGACGACGGUCAAUGUCGAGGAAGCCAUUGUCCGACAACACUGGCGGACCAAGUCGCGCGAUGUCCAUCCGGACAAGAAUCCUGGCCGAGAGGAC